CAACAACCGACAAUUUUUAAUUUUUGCAAGAGUUUGUUACUUUUUAAAAAGAAGAAACGAGUUGGGAUUUUUUUUUAUUUUUUAUUAUUAUUCUCUCCUCCCACCCCCCUUUUUUUUUGUUUUUUUUUAUAAUAUAUAUAAAAUAGAUGACGAGUUUAGAAGGAACGAGUCAUGUUGGGACACCAGAUGGUAAAAAGAAGGAGAAGCAGUCAACGCCACCUUUACAACAUGUACCUACUUCACCUUCUUAUCCACCUUAUUAUAUCGAUAGCAAUGGAUACGAAGUGACGGGUGAAUCGUCAGUUAAUUACGCCUAUGUAUAUCCUUUAAGCCCUCAAUUUUCUGUUCAGUAUUAUCCAGACUAUUCCAACGGUUAUCAAAGCUAUCCUGGCUCACCUGCAUUACACCCUCAAUCACCACCUAUUAAUCCCACCAGUCCACCUUUCAGCCCCAGUUUUGGAUACCAACAAGGCAUCGCUUUAUCUCCUCCUACUCAUGCAUACAUGCUUCCUCAUUCACAGCCUUUUCCUCCUCUUCAUAUCUCCUCUCCUGUCUUGACCGGUACAUCAUCUAUACCCGGUUCUCCUCCUCAUCAAUAUCUUCCCGGUCCUUAUAUUAUCACUACAGACCAUAGAAAUAAGAGACAUCAUCAGCAACAACAACAACAACAACAUACUCAGCAAGAAAUUCAUCAUCAACAACAAUUACAAUUACAACAACAACUCGAACUCGAAUUAAACUCAUUUCACACUCAUAAUAUCUAUGUGCGCGGCUUAUCCACUUCCACUACUGAUGAAUCAUUUUUGGAAAUGUGCCAAGUUUACGGUAGUGUUGCUUCAUCAAAAGCCAUUAUCGACCAAAAGUCGGGUGAGUGCAAAGGCUAUGGUUUUGCAAUGUUUGACAAUGAACAAGAAUCCGAAGAUGCCAUUGACGGUUUAAAUAAAGCUGGUCUUCAAGCUUCCUUUGCAAGAGUCGGACAAGAAUCGUUCAGUUCUCGUUUGAGACAUCUUCAGGAUGAGACAUCUACCAAUAUCUAUAUUUCUAAUUUACCUUUGGAUACCUCUGAACAGAAACUAGAAGAGUUAUUCCAUCCAUACCAAACAAUCUCCAACCGAAUUUUACGUGAUCCACAAUCCGGUAUGAGUCGCGGUGUCGGGUUUGCACGAUUGACAGAUCGUGAGGCAGCUUCAGCCAUCAUUGACCGAUUUAAUGGACAUAGCAUUGAAGGCUCGUCUGCACCUUUACAAGUACGUUUUGCUGAUUCACCUGCGCAAAAGAAAUUAAAGAAUCAAACUGCUCGUAAAAGAAUGAUUCGACCUACACGGGAUUUUCAACCGAUGCCUAGUUUCUCUGUGAGACCCAUGAUGCCGAUCACGCCAGAGACCAUGUUGGGUAUUGCCCCUUCGUCUCAUUAUUAUCCAGACCCAAGUAUGCUUCAAUACCAUCAUCAAGUCGUACAGCAUCCAGUACCAGUAACAGCACCGGUACCGUCUUCCACCAUGGUGAAUGAAGGAUUAGUACAAGACAUGGAGAAAAAGAUGACGCUUGCUGAAUCGUGAUUUAAUUAAAAAAAAAAAAAGAAAAAUAAAAGAGAAAAAAACAAUACAAAAAAAAAA